UUCAAGACAGAAGCGAACGACGUGCGUACAUCAUCGUUCGGUGAAGAUAAUGAAAUGCGCGGCGACGAAAUGGGCGGACGCGUGCGGCUGUGUGCGUAACGCUGCUCGCUUACGUUUAUAUAAUGCCAGGCCCGGGAAAGUGAGACACCAUUGAAUCGUCGACCGUCAAAGAGGCACGCGUUUCUCUCUGUCGAACGACAUGAAGCUCCGCAUAUCCGUUCUUCUCGUCGCCCUCGUGGCCAUUCUUCUGCACUCUGCCGAGUACACGACAGCAAACAGCAUAUGUCCUCAAGAGAAUUGCCUCGAUUCGACAAAGUGCGAGCAUUUCGUGGUGGGUGCUACGUGUCCACGAUCGAGCGACACGUGUUGCAGCAUUGUGAAAUCGGAGCACAGAACCCAUUGCCACCACUUCGCAGGCGAGUGCAUGGACUCCUGCACCAAGUUUCUGCGUCAUGCGGUCGUCGAUUGUCCAUCCGACAAAGUCUGUUGCACGUUAGUUUAAUCCGUGAAUAGAGGAA